AUGUUGUUGUGGAAAGACAAGUGGAUUGCCCACAAGACACUUCAGGAACUGUUUCCACACUUAUACGCUUUAGAAUCCCGGAAAACUUGUUUCAUUUCUGAAAUGAGAGAGGGCGGAGUUUUUAAAUGGGAAUGGAAAUCAACUCCAAAUUCUGAUCCAGCUAACCAAGAACUGGUUGACUUGAACCUAAUUUUAUGUGAUUAUAACUUUUUGCAGGAACAUGAUAAAUUCCGAUGUAAGCUCAAUCCAGACGGUGAGUACACACUAAAGGCCCUACGGAGACUUGUUGAUUCAAAAAUCACGAAUAUAGGAGGCGAGCCUUUUAUAUGGCUACAAAUUGUCCCGACAAAAGUAUCCAGCUUUGUAUGGAGGAUGAAGCAAGGGAGGAUUCUGGUAGCAGUUGAACUGUCAAAGCGAGGUGUUCAAACUGACUCACGGAUCUAUAAACUUUGUAAUAUAGGUGAAGAAUCGGCAGAUCAUCUGCUUAUGAGUUGCGCUUUUGCUUCAGAAGUCAUUAAAAGAACUCUUAACCAGUGCGGAAUUCGUCAAGUGCAAUUUACAAAGGUGAAGGAAUUGCUUGAUUUUGGUGCCCGAUGGGGGAAUUGA